AUGAAGGUCAUCAACAAUGCUUCCCCUCCGUCAGAGUUCAAGAGGAUAGGCUACUUUGAAGCCUGGAGAUCGGCUAAUAAAAAGGAGCGGCCUUGCCUGUUUAUGGAUGCCACCCAGAUUCCGACAGGAUACACACUUGUGCAUUUUGCCUUUGGGGAGGUAUCCUCCAGCUUUGCCGUGGGUGUUAGCAAGCUCAAAAACCAGUUCGACAAGUUUGUGAAGAUGAGAGGCUUCAAGAGAAUCAUUGCCUUCUGCGUCAAACCGGGCAACAGGGAGAUUUUGGCCACCAACAUCGCCAAGUUCGUCGUGGACCCUGAUUUGGAUGGCGUGGAUCUCGAUUGGGAGUAUCCAGGUGCGCCAGAUCUCCCUAGUGCCGACCCGCUCAAUGGACUGGCAUAUCUGGAACUCCUGAAGUUGUUGAGACAGAAGCUUCCGUGGACAACAUUUCCAAUUGGGGAGAUCAGCAAGGUCGUCGAUUACAUUGUGUACAUGACUUACGACUUGCAUGGCCAAUGGGACUUUGACAGUCCUUGGUCCUCUCCAGGCUGCCCAGCAGGCAACUGUCUUCGCUCACACAUCAGCAGGAAGGAAACCCUCAAUGCACUUUCCAUGGUCACCAAAACUGGCGUCUCAUCAACCAAGCUCAUGAUCGGCAUUACCAGCUAUGGUCGGUCUUUUCGGAUGGUCGACCCAUCCUGCACCGGUCCUAUGUGUACAUUUACCGGGGCACUCUCCGGAGCAAAACUUGGACGUUGCACACGCACCGCCGGAUAUCUCGCCAAUGCAGAGAUUCAGGAGAUUUUGCAUUACGACAAGUCAUCACGCACCUAUUACGAUGAAGGCAUCAUGAGUGACAUUCUGGUGUACGGAUCUGACUGGGUUGCCGACAUGAACAACGACAACAAAGGGCGUCGGGAGGCUCUGUGGAAGUCAAUGAACUUUGGCGGCGUCUCAGACUGGGCGAUUGGCCUUGCCGAGUUUUUACCCAAUGAUGUCUCUCAGGUUCCGUCACUGUCAAUGGAGGAGAUCAAGGAAGACUGGGCCAACAUCACCUGCAAACACGCAUACGCGAGGAAUAGCAGCUACAGGGAGUUAGACCGUUGGAAAACCCUCAAGGCUGAUGAGGCUUGGAAGCAUGUUGUUGUCGAAUGCAGUGACGAAUCCGAACGCCGGCCGACAGCAGCUCUCCUUUUGAGUUCAUUUGUGAAGCUUGCUGGGAUCUAUUACGAGCUGUACGAUGGAAUCCAAGCAGCUCAGCUCAGUCUUAUCACGACACUGUCCAAGUUCUCGAGCACUUUUGCACCAGAACAAAAGGCGGACGAGUCUUUGACCAUGACUUUGAAUAUCUUGAGUGCUGGCUUCGGUGUGCUGGCAGGCCCAGACUUUGCGAAGGCAUUUUCGUCUGGAAAUUUCUUCUCUCAGAAUCCUGGUAUUGGAGAGAAGCUGGAGUCGGCAGUGAUGAAGGGCGUAGAAAACGAGCCCGUGACGGAGGAUCUCGCAUCGCAGUUCAACUGGAUUGUGAUGAGUUGGAAAGAAAUUGUCGACAUUACACAACGCCAAGCCUUCUCUGAGACGAAAGAUGGGGUUUGCUAUCUCAGCAGCAUGAUGAGCAACGGCAAGCUGCUCAAGGUCGAGCCGAUGAACAGGUUUGACACGGAAUCCGCCAUGGUCAAAGUCCUGUACGCCUUCCUGAUUCCGCAUGUCUGGCAUCUCCGAGCCUACAGCCCUGUUCUCAUCCACGCCGAGUGGGACUGCCAAAAGGUUGGGGUCGACAAGUAUUGUUGUGUCGAGGGAAAUUUUUUGCCGUUUUCGGACUCGCUUAUGGGGUGUCGCAAUAACAAGUGGCAUCCCACCCUCUUUGCUGUUCAUGUUAUUUUCAGCAUCAUCUGA